AUGGUUCAGACAACAAAGUCCGACAUUAGUGACCAACGAUCAAUGAAGGAUCAACUUCAACUUCUCAAGGAACAGUACAACGGCGAAAAAGAAACACUGAGUCGAUACCAACGUUUAUUGGAUGCGAUGGAUCGUGGAGAAUUGACUGAAGAACUUCUUGAGGAAUGUCCUGAACUGGCAAAAGUGAAAACCGAGAACGAUAAAUUGAAAUAUCGAAUCGAAAUCUUGAAAAAUAGUAUCGCCGAACAAGAGAGAACAAAUGCAUCAAGAGGGAUCGGCACAAGUAAACCGAGUGAAAUAAAAUCUCAAAAAAGUGAUGACACAUCAAAAAAAGAAGAUAAGUCAAAAAGGGGAAAUAAUAGCAACAGCAAAACUGGUGUUAGCAUAUUAUCAAAGCAAUCGAAAAAAUAUAAUUAUAUCGUGGUUGAAGAUUACGGUGAUUCGAUUGUUGGUGUUUUAAAGCAUUUGUUCGAUGAAGCUGUCAAGAAGGCAUAUCCGGACGUUGAAGAUAUUCCAAUCGCAGUUUGUGAGACAGCAGUCGCGAAAUUCGGCGAUUAUCAAUUCAAUUCAGCAAUGGCCAUAUCGCAGAAGUUGAGUCAGUUGACGGGCACAAAAGUGGCACCUCGGGAUAUCGCACAAAAAAUUGUUGACAACCUUGGGACUUGUGAUAAAAUUGAGAAGACUGAAAUCGCAGGUCCAGGAUAUAUAAACAUAUUUCUGAAGAAAAGCUCAAUUGCGCAAGCAAUUGCUCGAAUCGCCAUUCAAGGUGUAUCAUUACCUCGCAUAUCGAAACGUCGGGUAGUGGUGGAUUUCUCUUCACCGAAUAUAGCCAAACAAAUGCACGUUGGUCAUUUGCGGUCAACGAUUAUUGGUGAUGGUAUCUGCAAUCUUCUUGAAUACGUCGGAUUCACGGUUGUCCGUUUGAAUCACGUCGGUGAUUGGGGUACUCAGUUUGGUAUGCUAAUCGCACAUUUGCAGGAUCGCUAUCCGAAUUUUUUAGUUGAAACACCGCCCAUUGCUGAUUUGCAAGCUUUCUAUAAGGACGAAGCGUUCAAAGCGCGCGCAUAUGAAUGCGUCGUUAAACUGCAAAGUUAUGAUAAGAACUUCGUGAGAGCGUGGCAGAUGAUUUGUGACGUCUCGAGGAAAGAUUUCACUCGUAUUUACGACCGACUUGGCAUACGCAUCACUGAGCGUGGCGAAUCAUUCUAUCAGGAUCUCAUGCAAGGUGUCGUCAAUGAAAUCGACUCGAAAGGUUUCAUCCAAAUCGAAGAAGGUCGUAAACUGAUGUUCCCGUCGGGCUGUGAAGUGCCGUUAACAGUAGUAAAAUCAGACGGAGGGAAUACGUAUGAUACGUCUGAUUUGGCCGCAUUGAAACAUCGUUUAGAGGUGGAAGAAGCCGACUGGAUCAUAUAUGUUGUCGAUGCUGGCCAAUCGCUUCAUUUCCAAACAAUCUUCGCAGCAGGACGUGACUUGGGUUGGUAUAAACCUGAUGAGAAACGGAUAGAACAUGUUGCUUUUGGUCUGGUUCUGGGGGAUGACCGAAAGAAAUUCAAAACUCGAUCUGGUGAUACGAUUCGUUUGACAGAUCUUCUCGACGAAGGCGUUCGAAGGGCUGAAAUGAAAUUGGCAGAAAAGGAACGAGAUAAAGUAAUGUCAGAAGAAGAACUGAAUGAUGCGAAGGAAGCAGUUGCAUAUGGCUGCAUCAAGUACGCAGAUUUAUCACAGACAAGAACGCAAGAUUACGUUUUUUCGUUUGAUAAGAUGCUAGACGAUCGUGGUAACACUGCAGUGUACCUGUUGUAUGCUUACGCACGAAUACGAUCAAUUUGUCGUACAGCUGGUGUACCUCGUGAAGAAAUUAUUAAAUAUGCUCAAAAGUUAGAUGAGGGAUGUUUGACGUUGGAGCAUCCAGCCGAAUAUAAAUUAGCGAAAACCGUUCUCAAAUUCUCGGAUUGCAUUCUGACUGUGCUUGACUCAUUAUUGCUGCAUCAGUUAUGUGAUUAUGUAUACUCAUUGGCAACAACCUUUCACGAUUUUUAUAAUGAAUGUUAUGUGAUCCACAAAGAUCGUGAAGGUAAAACAACAAUCUAUUAUCAUCGCUUGGUAUUGUGUCAAGUAACGGCCGACAUAAUGGAGAUUUGUCUGAAAAUACUCGGUAUUCGAACGGUUCAACGAAUGUGA